AUGCCUCAGAUAUCUCCUCAACAGCGCGCCUCCACCGAAGAGAUCCCGUCGCUUUCAGACGAAGAUGUUGGCUUCCUUUACCAAGUUGUCACUCGCGCCGAGAGCAAGCCGAUUGCGGAGCAGCUACCGUUUCGAGCUUUGUUCGCUGCCUACGACGAUGUCAUCCAAGAGCAUGGUCUUGACGCAGACCCUGGCCAUGUCUGCAUGCGCUUCCUUUUCAAGAUGGGAGGGAAGGGUGUGGAGGGCGCCACGCUCUUCGACAAAUUCGAGAGCGCGCUCCAGCAAAUAGGAAUCGUGGUAGAAUUUGGAGACGACGGAACAACUGGGGUAAACGAGACUCUGGAAAAUGGGGUCUCGUCGGUGGAGAACACAUUCAACCAGACGCAGAACCGAGAUUACCCUCGAGCGAAUGGUACGCCUAUUACACCGAAGCGACGAGCCUCCUUUAAUACCACACUCGACAUAGGCGAAGACGCCAGCCACAGAAGUCAUGUUGAGAGGCCGAGCUCUCGGUCAUCUCUGUCACGACUCCAAACCGCAAAGUCCGAAUUCAAUAAACCAAAAUUAUCGCCGACACCUGCCACGAACGGAUAUCGAGAAACGAGAUCCCCGGAUCGUACUCAGCUGAUCGCACAAUUCCUUGCUGUUGGUCGUCAACUCAUAAGCAAGUUCGACAAUGACGAAAAUAAGGAGAACAAGGACCCUGCUUUGUUGACUAAUGGGCUCAUGGCUCGUACAGCAGUCGACCAGGACCGUUCACGGCGGAUGAUGGCUUCUGCACAAGCUCGUCGCACUCCCUCGGUAGUCUCAUCCGGAAGCUCGCAAUCCGACGGCUCGCGGACCAACCUCGCUGACCUCCUUCGCGAUGCAUCAACAUUCAAUAUGUACAGACAGCGGGCAAUUUGUCGUAAGAUCGUGAUUCAGUGGCUUAAACGUGCCUUCCAAAUGCGCCAAUUGCGCGAGAAGAGGGAAAGCAUAGCUAUCACUCGAGAUCGCACAACCUUGCUACGACAAGCAUUUGAGCCAUGGCGAGCCAUAAUCCAAAAAAAGCACCAUCAGGCCAGGACAGAGCGCUUUUUCAAGCAUCUAGAUGAACGUGCCAACCGUGCUCGAGAUUUGUACUUGAUGACGAAGGCGUUCACUCAUUGGGCUCAGCUCACCUCCGAAGAGGCUGCUCGUACCUCUGCAGCUCGGCGACAUGUGUUGAGUAUCAAGUACUUUAACGCAUGGCGUGAGAUUACUGCCGUCAAUGAAUUAAAGGCCCAACGAUUUGGUCUGCGGGCGCCGUUCAAAAAAUGGCGAAAAAAGGCGGCGCAAUUAAAGGAAGCAGAAAGCCAGGCUAUCACGAUUCAUGCCCAGAAGUUAAAACAUGCCUCUUAUUGGGAAUGGUUCUGGGGCUUUUGUGAUAGACGAGCACCUGAGUGGUACGCCUCUAGCCUGAAGAGAAGGUCACUCCUUGCAUGGCUGCGAAAAUUUAGGACCAAUCGAGAGCAGUAUCAGGAGAUAGCCAUCCAAGACCGGCGAUCGGUGCUGGGGUUUGUGGUCGAAACAUGGUCUCAAAAAACAAAAGAUGUCACUGCUAUGAUGCAGCACGCCCAAGAAAGCCGGCGACAACGACUCUUGAGGGAAAUGUUCGGCGAAUUGAAAGUGCAAUCUCGGUUAGCACCUGCCGCCUCACAAAUAGUCGAUAAAGCCAAUACCAGAAGGCUUCGAAGCGCUCUUUCGAAAUGGAAGUCGAAAGCCGGCAUGGUUGAUCAGGCAAUUGAAGUGGACCAGCUCAGGGUUAAGCACAAUGCCUGGACUUCUUGGAAUGAUACCUUGCGUUGUCUGGCUCUCCGAGCUCGUGUCAAUGAACGAAUGAAAAUGGAAGUCAUGUACAAAUGGAUAUUAAUGGAGAGAUUCCAGCUCAUGCGCAGGAUACAUGAACAACGUAUCAAGCGUGAGGUAUUUGUUCGAUUUGUCGAUAACACUCGAGACACGUACACCCGACUGUUAUUUCAGGCAGAAGCACACGAAGGACACCGCGAAGAAGAUUUGGCCCGUUCGAAGCUGAGCCUAUGGCGAGACAGGCUACAGCUCCAGCGAGAGCGAGAUUAUGUGGCUUUCGAGUUCUAUGCCCCUCGUCUUGCAGAAGAAUCUCUCACAGCCUGGCGAUCGAAGCACCAACAGAUUCAGAAAAUGGAAGGUUGGGCUGAUGAUGCACGCUUUUACUUUUUGAUGAAGGCAUCUUUGAAGAAUUGGCGGAGAGCAACCAUAGAGUCCACUAAACAGCGUCGGAAGGAUGCUUAUGCAAAGAUCCGACGAAAAAUCAAGAUUAACAUGGCCUCAAAAGCAUUGUCUAUCUGGCACUCCAAAACUUCACACAUAAUGAAUAUGGAGCAACAGGCGGAGGAUGUCGAUCGGGCUCAAGUUCUCAGUGAUGCAUCUGAUGCCUUUUCCCUCUGGCAUAAGAAGACGAUGAAAAGGAUUCAAGAUUACCAGGAUGCCGACCUCCACUUCUUCCACCGAGUUGCUUUCGACCAACUUAUUCAACUGUCUGAGGCAUUCGUCAUUCGCCGUGAAAUGGAAGACCAAGCAGACGCCAUGUACCGUUCGCAUGUGCUUCGCCAUGCUGGUGCUGCAUUCCGCAAGCUCAGUCUCCGGAUUUUCCAACUCCGGAGCACCCUGGAGACGUCCGAGGCUUUGAGAGAAAGAACUAUCCGAAAACAUGCUAGAAACUACUUUCACCACUGGCUUGAAAGCAGUCGGCUGAAGCUGGAGGCACGAGACUCUCCGGGCCCAGAAUUGACGCAGACCAACUUCUCACAGUAUGGUGAAAUUGACCCUCCAAGGUCAGCAUUAUUCGACCCGUGGUAUCAAAAUCCAUCUGAAAAGACUCCCUUCAGGUUGGCAAAUUCAACCACGAGGCCUCAGGAGCCGGUCUCCGUAACGCCUCUGGUUACUCCAAACAACAUGUCCUCUCCCUCCAAGCGAGCUGCCCGGGCCCGAGCGCUGGCGCAAAUGUCCACAACCCCCGCCACCCCCUUGCAUACUCCUUUUGCCAGUCGCCUGCUUCGUGCUAGCUCUUCGACGCGAAAUACUUCCCCGCGGCAACCGCUUACAAGCCGCGGGAAUUCCAUAGCGGCUAGUGUUCGAUUUGCCGACGAGGAGCUCGAGGAGCUUCCUGAGUCACCCACAGAUGGUCGGAAAUCCGCGAGUCGACGUCCUUGA